GCGGCUGCUCGAGGGGGCGGACCGCGCGCGGCAACUUUUGGAGCUGGAGAAGCAGCAGCGGCCGAGGCGGGCGAGCGAGCCAGCAAGAGCGGGCGUGACUGCUGCGGCUGCUGGCGCGAGCGGCGAACUUCGGGUGUUGCGCGCCUGCAGGCAGGCAGGCAGGCAGCGCUCCUCCCGCGGUCCCGGCCGGCCGAGGCAGGCGGUCCCUGCGGCGCUGCGGCUGCAGACCAGCGAGGCUCGGCGGGGCCCCUGCGAGGACAUGGCUGGGGGCGCCCGCGGGGCGAGUUGCUGGCUGGGGGCUGCUGCCUUGAUGGGCCUCCACUUCUGCUCCCUGUCGCUUGCUUUGGAAGUGUCGGUGGGCAAGGCUGCCAUAAUCUACGUGAAGAACGGCUCGGACGUGCUCCUGCCCUGCACCUUCACCACCUGCAUCGGUUUUGAGAAUGCGCUAUUCUCCUGGACCCGCAUCGUGAGCGGCAACUACACCGAAAUCUAUGGAGGGUCCAUCAAGAACAAAGACUCCAAGCCAGUCCCCUCCACCAAGCCCGAUUACGAAGACCUGGACAAGUACGAGAUGCCUGACGCCACCCACAAGGACAGGGAGUAUAACAUCUCCAUCCUGAUCCACUUUGCCGAAUUCUCGGACUCCGGGAAAUACAACUGCUUUGUCAAGAACCCCAAGGAGAAGAGCACGGGCAAGCACAACGCCACCAUCACCCUCAAGGUGGUCGUGGAGUUGGAGAAGGUGGACAACACCCUGACGAUGAUCAUCCUGGCGGUGGUGGGAGGCGUCAUUGGGCUGCUCAUCCUCGUCAUGGUGACCAAGAAGCUGACCCUCUUCAUUCUCAAGAAGACGCGGGAGAAGAAGGAGUGCCUGGUCAGCUCCUCAGCCAACGACAACACAGAGAACGGGCUGGCUGGCUCCAAAGCGGAACAGAAAUCUGCCCCCAAGGCCUGAAGCCCCAGCCCAGGAGGAGGAGGAGGAGGAGGAGGAGGAGGAGGAAGAGCGGAUGUCCCGCCUGGCUCUCGAGUGCGAGGCGGAAGAAGCCGCCGCGGGGAGGGGAGGCGGCAGCGGCAGCCCGAGGAGUCUUUGCUGCCCAAGCUUGAUGCUCGAGACACGGCUAUAUCACACCGCUACCUGCAACCAACGCUGCUGCUUCUGAGAACUGACGGGGAGGAGGACCCUUUUGGGCGGGCAGGUGGGGAGGGGCUCUGUGGUCAGGAGGGCGAGGAAGCCCCACUGCGCCGGGUGAGCCUGAAGAUGGGCUGGGGCAGGAGGGGGGGCAGCGGGGGGGCACCAUGCCAGGACCUGGCUCUCCUCCGGGACGGUGGGCGUGGGCAGAGGGGCCCUCCUCUUCAGCCCAGCUGCCUCGGGAGCUGGAGCCUCCGUGCAGGGCCAAGGGUGAGGGGCCUGCAGCACCGCUUGGGGCCAGUCACCUCUGCUUGCACCUCUGCUGGAGGCUGCUCGUGGCCCUGCAGCCUGGGGGCGGCAAGAGGCGCUGAGCACCGCUUCUUCGGCUUCAGGAGGAGGGUGUGGUGAUGCUGGAGGGGAGGCAGCAGGGCGGCCCCUGCGUGUCUUAGGCUCCAGGGGGGCACAGCGCCCUCUGCUCCUCAGGAGGAGGUCGGCCUCCCCUCCACCCCCAGCAGCUCUUCCCCCGCCAUGGGGCAGCCCUUCUGCUCUCCAGCCCCUCCCUUCGAGCCCUGCGCUUGCUGUCCUGGCCCUGGCCUCUUCCUCCUGGCCAGAGGAGCCCCCCCGCCCCCCCGCAUCAACUUCCCGUCUGGGCUUUGUUAUGCAGGGCAGGGUCCCCCCCCCACCCCGCGCCACCAGAGCCUCAGAGGGAGGGGGGCCCUGGAGGCCUGCUAUAUCUUUGACAGUAAUGUAUGUAGCUUUGGGUAAGGCAAGAGUUGCAUAGAGAGAGAGAUAUUCAGCAUUGGCUGCAGUGACGGAUGAUGAUGAUGAUGAUGAUGAUGAUGAUGAUGAUGAUGAUGAUGGCAAGAAUCAUAGUUGCAGCAGCACAGACAAACCUCACAUUUCACUCACCAGACCUGAGGACGUCCCUCCUUCACGCAGACAUCCCUGCUUGUGCUGACUCACCUUGGAGUGGGCCAGACUCCAAGAACGAGUUGGGCUUGGGCUUGGCCAGGACAGAGGAGUGUGUGUGUGUGUGUGUGUGUGUGUGUGUGUGUGCGCGCACACGUCCUGGCUGCAGAGGGAAGCUUCUCGGCUUCACCUCUCCCAAAGGGCCUCCUUCAGAGUCCCACUUCCAAGGAGGCCUCUUCCUGGCACCCUUCUCCUGAUCACCCCACCGCGGGAAGGUGGGUUUCCUCCGGGCCAGGCUGGUCCCAGGAGCUCAGGCUUGGGCUGCCUGCCAUCUCCGCAGUCUCUCAGGACGCGCCUCUUUCCAGGAGGCCCCUCGCCCCCUUGCUGCUUCUGUGGGGGGCAGGUGUUGCUCUGCCUUCCGUAGGCGACUUUCACGCCGGAGGGAACAUGCCUGAGCAGAGAGUGGAGGCGGCGUCUGGAUCUCAGCAGAACGCCCUCCUCUCUCUGGCUUCGGAGGCCUCAUGACUGGGACCCUGACUGGGGUGCAGACUUCCUGACCCCCUCUAAGCACAACCGCUUCUGCCCCUUGGAGGAGGCCGCUCUUGCUCUCUCCCCGCUUGGCCCCAGCCCCCCCCCCCCCGCGCGACUGGCCUGCUGCUGCGUCUCCAUCCCUGGCCUGUCUUGCUCGCUCUCUUCCUGGGCUCCCUCCCAGCCCGCAGAGGGAAAGCAGGGGCAGGCGGCUGGGCCCUGGAGGCGUCAGCCCAGGCUUGUCAACACUGACAGGCAGCAACUUUCCCAGGUUCCACUCAGGGGUCCUGCCUAGGCCUGCCUGGAGAUGCUGCCACCAGGGAGUGCACCUGGGACCUCCUGUGGGCCAAGCAAAGGCUGCUGCGCUGCGGUUCAGGAGCAGCUCCAAAGCUGCCAGCAAGAGAAGCCCUUUACAUUGGGGGGGGGGUGCUUGUGGCAGGGUGGGGCAGCGGCAGGCCCCGAGGCCUUGCCCCUCCAGCAUCACCCGGGAGUCGGCCAGAGAGCUGCCCUGGCGGCAGUCGGGCCCCGCUGAAGCCAGGGUUGUCUUGGGACCCCUCCCUGUGCCCCCCUUGGGAAGCUGGCCCAGCAGGUGGGUUCUCACUGGGGGUGUUCUGGGGACUUGGUGUUCCAUGUUGUCGGAUCUGGACCGGGGCGGGAGGCAGGAAUCGGCUGCCGCAGGGAGUCACUGGCCCAGCCCCUCGCGGACUCCUCGCUCGCGUGGGCCAAUGCAGACUCCACGUUGCCUCCCCCUUUCCCAGGGGGCUAGAAACUCUUCUUGGCAGACUUUGGGAUGCUGAGCAUUGCCAGCUCCUGCGCCUGCAGCCCCCCAGAGGCCACCUGCUGUUGUGCUGGGCGGCCACGACGGGCCAGUGGAGGAGGGAAGCCUAGCCACACGCACACACACCUCCCCCCCCCGUGCGCUAAUCUGGAUGCCUGCAAGUGCCUUUUCCUUUCUCAUCCAUCUCCAUCGGCACAAAGCUCGGAAGGGGAGGGCGGUGGAGCAGAAAGACCAGGGCGCAGCUCCUCCACGGGCCUUUGGGGUGGCGCUGGGGUCGCUCCAUCCCGACUCUGUGCCUCAGUCUCCCCAAGCGCACAUGGGGGGCAAUAAUAAUAUUCUCGACUACCUCUCAGGAGGGAGGGAGGGAGGGAGGCGGUGGUGGCUCCAGCCGGGAGCAUCCUCAAGGGCUUGGGGGGAGCUGCCCCGGUCUUGCUCUGGCAGCAUCUGGGCUGGCUGCUUGCUCUCCCCACCUCCCGCCCUGGCUUUGCUGAGGGGGCACCACGUCUGGGGGCUGCUGGGAGCCCUGCCCCCCCCCGCCUGGCCUGGGCUUCCUCCCGCUUCCCCCUCCCCGGAGGUCUGAACAGCAAUAACCAUCAAACCAAGGCAGACCGGGGGGGGCAGCCUCCUCGGGUCAAGAAAUGCUCUCCCCCUCCCUGCAAAACAGUGAAUCCAAAGAACAAGCCUCCUCCCCUCCCCCGCUUGCCUCCGGCCAGGUGGAAGGACUACCCGGCUCAGGCAGGCCUGGCAUGCUGCGGAUGAAGCGCCAGCCCCUGGGAGCCUCAGAGCCGCUCGGAGGGAGGGGGAGCAUUGCCCCCCACCCCGUGCCAUGGCCUUGCCAGAAGCAGCUUUUGUGCCAGGCCAGGCCUUGCUCCCGGGACACUCCUGCUGCCCUCCCCAGCUGUUGCGAGGGAGAGGGAGGGCGGCUGAGCCAAAGGCCCCCCCUUCAGGCUGCUGCCACGCCCCCUCCCCCUUUUGAAGCCUCCUCCGGGAGGAGAGGAGCGCGGAGGUUCUGCCACCUCUGGUCAGCCAAAGGCGCCUGCAAGCCCGUCGCCUGGCCUGGCCCGGCUUCCUCUGGAUGCCCGCCUGGGCUCAGGGGCGCCUCCUCCUCGGGCGGGGGGGGUUAUGCAGGGGGCUCUUGCUGUGGCCCCACCCCCAGGCCCGCCUGCACAAGCCGCUUCUGCCCCAAAGCCUCCCUCCCUCCCCCGGGGCCCUUCUCCCCCCCCAGAGGCAACUGGCGGAUGGCCCGGACUCUGCCUGCAUGUGUGCGCAAGUGGCAGGCUUGCGUGGAGGAGGAGGAGGAGGAGGAGGAGGAGGAGGAGGCCGGUUGCGGGGGCCACGCAGGAGUGCUGCCGCCGCUGCCUUGGAGGGCCCCCCCACUCCUCUCUUUUGCACUGUCUCCAGCUGUAGUUGGCUUCUUUGCCUUGAAUGAAAUACAAGUGUAUGUUUGCUACUACA